AUGAUUCGCAAGAGCAAAUGGCUUGAGGUCGACUCGCCUUCGCAACCGGCCAGCGAAGCCGCCACCCUUGCGCUGCGGGGAAGGCUCGAUGUCGUGUCGCACUAUCUCCCGUUAGCGGCCGACCACAGCGACGACGACAUCGAGUACGUGCAUCAACUGCGCGUGGCCACGCGACGCGCGAUGGCGGCCAUUGCAACCUUCGCGCCCCUGCUUUCGGAGCGACUUGCUCACAAGAUGCUCAAGCGGUUGCGUAAGAUUCGCCGCGCCGGGGGCGCUGCCCGCGACUGCGACGUGCUCGCACUGCGCAUCGAAGCACUGGCGAAAGAAAACAAAGAUGCCCCCUGGGACGAGCUUCUCGAUUGGGUUCACAAGCGAAGGCGAAAAGCCCAGACGCCACUAAAACAAAUCGCCAAGAAGUUUCCGCCUGCGAAGUUCGAACGCCGGGUCGAAGCGUUGCUGGAGUCGGUACACAACCUGCAAGUACCGACAAGUGAAGCGGCGCCGCAGAACGGAAACCACGACACCAGCUUCGGCACCUUUGCCGAGUAUCAGCUCACGCAGGUGCUCGAUAAGUUCUUCGCCGUGGCGUUGUCCGAUUUGUCGGCCAUCGAAGCGUUGCAUGAGUUUCGCAUCGAAGCCAAGCACUUGCGCUAUUCCAUGGAACUGUUGGCCGGAGCUUUCGAUGCUUCGUUUCGCAAAGAGCUUUACGCCGAAGUAUCGAACUUGCAAUACGUGCUGGGUGAAAUCAACGAUCACGCCAACGCGAUUCACACCUUCGAGUUGUUGCAAGAAGAAACAACCCGCAAGCGACUCAAGAAGCAGUUGCAGAAGAUGGCUGAAGAAGAACGAGGAGCACUCGAGAAGGCUCGCAAAGACUUCACGCAGCAUUGGACUGUGGAACGCGCCGAAACACUGAAGUCACAACUCUACGAAGUGAGCGUAAGCGAUGAUGCCAGCGAAUGCCGCGCCUACGAACUUAGCGGUGACUCGACCACAUCGAUGAACUUGCCGCCGCUUUCGUACCACCCGUGGCGGGAGAAACGGCACCAAUUCAGGUCCAUCAUGAAGGCCAUUUUGCCGCCCUCGGGCGUCUCCAGCGAAGCAAUCACCCGGCGGUAUGGCAGCGGCGAGGGAUGGAAGAACCCCAAGCCCGAUUCCGAGAGAUGUUUGCCGGCCACCACGAUGGCUUCGUCGGUGGGGGUUCGAUUGUCGGCCGCCAACGGGGUUAGCACAAUCAGACUCGGAACUUCCCGUGGUCACGCCCACGGCGUGUGCAGUCGAAUCGGCUACCAUCGCAUUCAUGUCCGAACACGCGAUCGGCGAAAUCGGCGGUGGUGCGAACUGAAGAUUCCGCUUCGCGUGCCAGGGCAUCCCAACUUACUCCCUCUGUGGCGAAGCGUUACAACCAUUACAAUCGGGCAAACGUGGGGUGUCUAUUCCAUUGGUACGGCGUCGCCAGCGGCCAGAACAUGGCUUCUUGCCGCUUGCGCCAUUCUUGCCACUCAAGCAGAGGAAAGUCGAGUAAGCGUGUCUCCAGUUGGUCUGUUGAAUCUUGAUAAACCAAGCGGCGUUACUUCACGCGAUGCAGUGAACGUGGUGCAAAAACUAGUUCGCCCGUCGAAGGCCGGUCAUGCCGGCACGCUCGACCCGUUGGCCUCAGGCGUGUUGGUGGUUUGUGUCGGUUCGGCCACACGGCUCAUCGAGCAUGUACAGCGGAUGCCGAAGCAGUACCGGGCAACAUUCUUGCUCGGUCAGCAAAGCCCGACCGAUGACAUCGAGGGCGAAGUCACACCGUUAGACUCCCCCCCGCAACCUUCCCUAGACGAGCUAACGGCCACGCUCGAUUCGUUUCGCGGCGAAAUCAUGCAGCGUCCGCCGGCCUACUCGGCGAUCAAGGUAAAAGGACGUCGAGCUUACGACUUGGCCCGUCGUGGAAACGCCCCCCAGCUCGAAGCCCGGCCGGUAAUGAUCUACGGUCUGGAGAUCACCAGCUACGAGUACCCCGAACUGCGGCUCGACAUACGCUGCGGAUCGGGAACCUACGUCCGUUCGCUGGGGCGCGACAUCGCCGAGCAUCUCGGCACGGCGGCUGUCAUGUCGGCGCUGCGUCGCACGGCCAUCGGUUCGUUCUCGGCCGAGGAGGCAAUCGCCCCCGAUGAACUAUCCAGGGAGCAGAUCGUCGAGUUGCUAUUGCCCCCACUGCGUGCCGUGGAGGCGUUGCCUCAAGUUCAGUUAGACGAAUCGCAACAAGAACUCGUCAGCCACGGUCGAGCGAUUCAGCUUGAAGGAACGAUGGCCGAGCCCGCCCCGGCAGAAGUCGCGGCUCUCGACCAGCAAGGAAACCUCGCAGCCAUCUUGAAGCCAGUCGGAAACAAGGAAUGGCGUCCGUUGCGGAACUUCUUGAAACCGGCCUGA